CUCACCUCCGUUCACGUGACGUCUAGACGAUUACCUUAUCUGUUGAGUUUAUUUUACAUUUCUCAACGUUUUGGACGUCCCUGUGUGUUUGGGACGAAAUUAUUUCUUAAGGUUAUAACCUCUGGAUAUUAUAACGUCUAGUGUGUUGGUAAAAUUAAAAUUAGAGCUUCGUCGUUGUUCCAUAUUCGCUAUCGAAGGGACUGAAGUUUGAGUGAAGGCAUCACGAUUUGCGUUCUCUCGGAUUUUGAAGAUGGCGAAAAAGACUUAUGAUUUGCUGUUUAAACUGUUGCUAAUCGGAGAUAGUGGUGUUGGCAAAACUUGUAUUUUGUUCAGGUUUUCAGAUGAUGCUUUCAACACAACAUUUAUCUCAACAAUAGGAAUAGAUUUCAAAAUCAAGACUAUUGAAUUACACGGGAAGAAAAUAAAGCUACAAAUAUGGGAUACAGCAGGCCAGGAGCGCUUCCACACAAUCACAACUUCAUACUACAGAGGUGCCAUGGGCAUCAUGUUAGUCUACGACAUCACAUCUCCGAAAACCUUCGACAACAUCGCAAAGUGGCUACGAAAUAUAGAUGAGCAUGCAAAUGAAGACGUAGAAAAGAUGAUUCUGGGAAACAAGUGCGACAUGGAGGAGAAGCGAAUGGUGAGCAAGGAGCGUGGCGAAGCGAUUGCUCGAGAACAUGGUAUCCGUUUUUUUGAGACCAGUGCAAAGAACAAUAUAAACAUAGAAAGAUCUUUCAUGGAGCUGGCGGAAGCCAUAUUAAAUAAGACGCCUAGCAGAGAUACAAGUACAAACCACACCAACGUUCAUGUAUCACAGUCAUCUGGCCACUCCUCCAAGUGUUGCUAGGGUGGCGCUCGUGCAGUCAUGUACAGGCGUAGUGUGUAGAGUGACUAAGGCAGGGCACAGUGGCUAAGGAGCAUACUGAAGUGAUCGCCAUCAUCGUGUAUAGAAUACAGCCAUCCAGUGUUUAACUACUAAUUGCUAACAGCACUCUCUUCCUCCUACACAAGCCUCCCAUCUCACCAAGCAUGAAGAGCAAAGCUUAUGGUAACACACUCGCAUGUCAAAAACGGAAUAUGUUAUUUGGAGAGGGUAUUACAACAUUUUCUAAGUUUUGUAGGGGUGAAAUGUAAAAUUGAUCUCGUAAUCAUUGGCAUCAUAGCCUCUAGACAUAAUAGGGGCUAUUAUGUCAGUUAUCCUGUGUUAUCGGUGACUCAUAUGGUAGCAACUAUUUCACAGAAUACAGAGUUUGGAAAACGGUAUUGUAAAUUGUAAAAAUUGUUUGUUUUGAUUAACAUUCGAGUUUAAACAGAUAACUGUUGGCAAUGACUAAACCAGAUGGGACUUAGAAGCAUACUAUCGUCCAUCAGUAUCAUUCUCAUUAGGAGACGACAGAGGCAUUGCAUACCUUGCUGAUUAUUGAGUCGGGCCAUAAGUAAAGCCGGGUUCAUGAGUGCGCCCGAAUCCGUUUGAGCUACAUGCAUGCUUAUUGGAGGCAGGACUUGUGCAUUCAAUCUCGGAUUAGUGGUUGAAUGAUUAUAGGUAAAAAUGUAAAAAGGGAAUUGUUGUGUAAUAAGAUGAGGUGAGGUCGGAUGAACCUUUUGAAGGGUAUUGUAUAACUAGGUGACAUUGACGCAGAUGUAUGUAAACUUCUGAAUAGAGCUGUAUUGAAUAUGCAGUGUACAGGUCUGCUACGGUAAUAUGCUAAAACUGUGCCAGAGAUAUAUAUUAUACAUGACUUACGUAUCUCCUUGUGGCUAAUGUAUUAAAGAUGAGUGAAUAUAUUAAUCACGAUGAUCGGUUGCGUGGCGGUAAUCUCACCGCUUACUGGGAACGUCAAACACUACAUCAGUAACAGUGUUGCUGCAGAGUGUUAGCAUCGCUGUCCCAUCGCCAACGAAUUCUUGCAUCACGCAUUCCUGUAGCGCUAACGUUACGAGGCACCUUGAUAUAUGUUAAUCCCAUUACUCUUGCCACGAAAUACUGCACGAGGAAGAUGGCUGUGGGGAGAAUGCGUGGUGUAAAGGGUGAUUGAAGGGUUCAUUUGUAGAGCACACGCUCGUGACAGUAGGAUGCAAGCAGUGGCACGCUGUGUUAGAUUUUGGACGAGGCUGCAUGCACACAGGGUUGUCGGUGGGCCACAGUUAUUAGUCCGUGCUUGGUCUGUGAUCGGUGAUGGCUGUCUCUGAAACUGUCUGCGUGUGUGUGUGUGACGUGGUGGCCGUGAUUUGGCCUCGUGUCGGUGGUCGGCGUGUGAUUUGCAAACCCGUGUGGCCAAUCAACCUCGUAUGAUGUGAACAAGAGAGUAUGACAGGUGUCAGUAGCUGCUGAUAGCUCUCGCGCUUAGCACAUGACUGCUCGGUGCGUGCUGUCAUAUCCACGGUGCACGAUGUUCAUUCAGACUGCAUCCGUCUAUUGUCUGCCACGAUUCCGUAUCAUGCAGCUCCUCAGUAUAAAUGUCUACAUUAUUUAGUGAGAUGAGAACUGCAGAAGUGAUGUAUUGCGAGUCGAGAUGUUCAGUUCAGUGCUUGGAGUAUUUGUAACAUCUGCAAGUGGUGUCAUUUCUAGCUUGCUGUACUGCUUUUGUCUAUACAUAGCCAGCGCAAGCAGUAUAUAAAACCACUGCUUUAAUAUAAUAUUAGGGCCGUGCCAGGUAAACAUUUCUAUUGCGUCCUAGAUGCACGAUUGCCUUGUGUGACAUCGUGUGAGUUGGAAAUAUCCAAAUCCUUGUUUUUUUCUACGAAGCUGAAAUAUGUCGUCUUCUUCGAUAGGAAUCUGCUCAAUAAAACCUGAAAGUUGGAUAAGGGAAAUCAGAGACUAAAUAAGGUCAAAUAGCGGAGUGAAAUGCACUGAUAUUCGUGAUGAUAGACUUAUCAAGGAGGGGGUGAACAUGUGUAGCAGUUUCCAUAUAUUUCUAAUUUCGUCCAGUUUCCCUUUGUUAAGUCGCUUAACAGUUCUCGUAUAUUGUUUGUGUGCGUGCGUGCGUGCGUGCGUGCGUGCGUGCGUGCGUGCGCGUGUGAAUGAAUGAUGGAAAGCCUUAUAUUGUAAUUUCAGUCCAGGUUUGUAUAAAAUGAUAUGCAUUGAUACAGCGGUAGUGUUGAGUUUGGUGUGACAAGAAGUGAGGAAGUCCAUGCGUCCCGUCGAUGCUAAUUCUUGUAUACGUUUUACUUUACCUGUUUCAUGAUUAUUAAAUCUGUUGCCAUUGUUUCACAACGAACGUUCCGAGAGCAAUGUGUGUAUGAGAACACAAGACAUUAUUCUAUGUACCGUUUAGGCUCUGGGUGAAAAUACGCAGUAAUCAAGGAAGAACAGAACGUGUACAAUGUAAGACUUUGGCAAAACAAACAUGGCUGAAUGUGUCUUACGGUGACAACCCCGCGUAAUAUUCUGUGCGUUGGAACCUCCAUUUUAACACAUUGCCGUUGCUGUAACUACUCGCAGUGUUUGCACGUCGUUAAAUUGAUCUACACAGCACGAAUCAGGACCUCUGUCUCCAAUCUGUACACGACGAUCCACGAUCUAUACCCCCAAUCUACAUGAUGACCCAUGUUUUGUACGCCUUGCAACAUUUGACCGAAUGUUAUUGGAAGUUAUAUUUAUUUCCAGUACGACUUUAUUUAAGAAUGGCAUCGUUUCUGAAUAUUAAAUUAUCCUUGCAAAAAUAGUGUUUCACUACGA